GCAACACCAGGACGCCUCACACGCACGCACGACGCUAGGGGAGAUGUGCAGUAUACUACCGCUGAGGCAGCCGUUGCCGACUGUCGCCGACACAAACAACUUGCAACAUGGCCUCUCCGAUCCAGCUCGUGCUGUUUGGACCACAGCAACCCCGCUGGACGCACGAGCGCCUCCAGACGUUACAAACGAGCCUCGUCACCGAUCCGAGUCUGCGCUUCCUGCAGAUUUGUCUGGAGGAGCUGGACGUGUUCCUAGAUGCGACGCCCCUCGCGCGCAUUGUCGGUGCGGCACAGCCAGUGGGACUAGUCGAUUUUGCGCGUGGGGGCCAAAUCCCGCAGCCAGACACCCUUGCGAACGCCCAACUAGCCGUUUUGACCGUUGUAUAUCAGACCAUCGAGUGGCAUCGAUUCGCCACAGCCCAUGGCCAUGACGGAGCGGUCGUGCAAGGGUUUUGCAUCGGUUUCUUGACCGCUGCCGUCGCUUCAUGCACUACCGACAGUCAUGACGACUUUGAACUUUACGCGGCGAGCGCCAUCCGGUUGGCUGCCUGCGUCGGGCUCAUCGUCGACGCCGAAGAUGCCGCUCAUUCCCUGCCAGAUCAAGCGACCAUUAUUUCGGUCCGUUGCCACAGCCUCUCCGACCGGACAAUGCUCGCGGCAACGCUGGAUUCGUUUGACCAGACAUACAUUUCAUGCGUAACCGACGACCGCACCCUCACGGUCACUGUCCCAAAUCGCCACCUGGAAGCGUUAACAUCAAGGCUGGAUCGAGAAUCCAUCCCCGUGGUAUCCAUUGGUUUGACCGGGUCCUAUCACCACCCGAAGCAUUCCAAUGCCGCUCAACAACUGAAGGAAAUUUGCGCGGAGACGCUUGGCCUGCAGUUGCCCUCUGCCGAGCAUCUUCGGCGGCCCCUACGUUCCACUGCAGAGACCGAGCUGAUCACAAGCGGUCUUCUGCACGAAAUCGCCAUCGAAUUGAUCCUUUGCAAACGUGCGAAUUGGUUUCAGACGGUCAAAAGUGCGCUCAAAGGCCUCCCUAGUCAUGUCCAAUUGGUGUCAGUGGGUACUGAAGCUCACAUUCCGCCGUCUCUCUCCAAUGCUAGGAACCUGCAAUCUGAGACUUCGCAAUCACAUCAUGAAGAGAUUGCUGUAAUCGGCAUGUCAUGCCGCUUUCCUCAAGCCGAUACGCUCGAAGAGUUCUGGGAACUCAUAAGCUCUGGAAAAACUGCGUUCGGCUCCCUACCCGCAACUCGUUUCGACCCAGCUUCUCUAUGGAGAGAGCCCAAUCUGCCCGAGUACUGGGGCAAUUUCUUGCGGAAACCGGAUGUUUUCGAUCACCGCUUCUUUGGUAUCUCAGGGCGUGAAGCUAAAUCCAUGGACCCACAGCAAAGACUGGCCUUGCAAGUAGCCUACGAAGCUAUGGAGUCGGCCGGGUAUUGUAGCUUACCUUCAGUUGCCCAAGAAAAGAAUGUCGGUUGCUAUCUUGGUGUCGGCGCUGUGGAUUAUGAGGGCAACAUCGCAUCUGAGAAUGCGAACGCUUUUUCGGCGACCGGAACACUGCGGGCCUUUAUUCCUGGGCGCAUCAGUCAUUUCUUUGGCUGGACCGGGCCCUCCAUAACGUUUGAUACGGCAUGUUCAUCCUCGGCCGUUGCGAUAUCCAGUGCAUGCAAGGUGAACUGCUCUAUGGCCAUUGCUGGAGGCGUGAACGUCAUUACUAGCCCAAACCUUCAUCAAAAUCUCUCAGCGGCCUCUUUUCUCAAUCCCAGUACCACUUCGCGCGCUUUUGAUGCUUCCGCGGCCGGCUAUUGUCGAGGCGAAGGGGCUGGCGUUGUUGUCCUCAAGCCCUUGUCCAAGGCUAUAGAAGCUGGAGACAACAUUCUCGCGGUUAUUGCCGGUUCUGCCAUCAAUCAAAGCUCUAACGUUAGCCCUAUCACAGUCCCCGACUCUCAAUCCCAGAGCGCAUUGUAUCAACGCGCCCUUAAAUCAGCUCGGCUUGAUCCAAUGAGUGUGCAAUACGUCGAGGCCCACGGGACGGGAACGCAGGUCGGGGAUCCUAUCGAAUACGAAAGUGUCAAACUUGCUUUGACAGGAAAUCGAGACGAUCGUCUAUCCUUGGGUUCGGUGAAGGACAAUAUUGGGCACGCGGAGGCAGCAUCAGGAGCUGCUGGAAUCGUAAAGGUCAUCUUAAUGAUGCAGAAGAGGAAGAUCCCGAAACAAGCAAAUUUUGUCACCCUCAAUCCGCGAAUAACCCCAUCCGACAUGAUACAGGUGCCAAUGGCAACCCAAUUGUGGCAUACAUCCCGACCGGUAGCUCUGCUCAACAACUACGGUGCUUCAGGCAACAACGCGGCGGUUGUGCUACGCGGUUUUGAACAUACUCCCUGCACGACACCAGAACCAGGAAUCUAUCCGAUGGUUAUCUCAGCAAAAUCCCACAACAGCUUGAAGGCAUAUUUGAAUGAGCUCAAGAGCUUCACAUCCAGGGCUGAUGUUGCACUACAAGAUAUUUCGUAUUCCCUUGCACGACGCCAAAACCCAACGUUUGAAUAUCGGGUGGCCUUCAUGGCACGGAGUACUGCUGAUAUGGUCACGAAAUUGGACCAUGCAAUAGUCCAUGCUAAUGUGUCCGCUUCGCCGUCGGACGAGUGUGCAGCCAUUUGUCGAGAGCUAGGUCUUCCAGAUAUAUUAAGUGACAUCUUCUCCGGGAAACCAAUCCAAGACCUGGUCCAGCUCCAUUGUAUGCUGCUUGCAAUGCAGAUAUCAUACGCUAGGACAUGGAUCGAUUGUGGGAUGCAAAUCAACUCAAUGAUCGGACAUAGCUUCGGCCAAAUCUCGGCUUUAUGCGUCGCCAACUCUAUCUCCACACGAGAUGCUUUCCGUUUCAUAGGCGGACGCGCUCGGCUAAUCUGUGACAAAUGGGGGCCGGACUGCGGUGCCAUGAUGUCAAUUGAAUGCGAUCGAUCAGAUCUGGAAACCCUGGUCAGUCGCAUCAAUGCCAGCAAUGAAUCAAAGGUGGAUAUUGCCUGUUACAAUGGUCCUCGAAGCUUUGUGCUGGCCGGUAAUACCCCGUCGGUUGACAAGUUAGAAGGAGCAUGCUACUCAUUCAAAACAACCCGCUUGCGAAACACUCACGCAUUUCAUUCUUAUGCAGCAGACAGCAUUAUGGACGAAUUGAAGGAUCUCGCCAGGUCUAUUGUUGUUCGAUCACCAGACAUCCACGUCGAGACUUGCUCGCGAGACGGGAGCCAGACGGUACUCUCGGCAAUGGCACUUUCGGAACACACCAGAGAACCAGUAUACUUCUCGGACGCUGUUCAGCGACUUGCAGCCCGCUUGCCCUCGGCCGUCUGGCUCGAAGCCGGAAGUGAAACCCCUGUUAUUUCCAUGGCUCGGCGCGCUCUUGCUCAGUCCACGGGGGCCCACAAAUUCUUGCCUGCAGAGUUUGGAACAGAUAAUCCCGUGGAGAAACUGGCGGAGGUGUCGUGUCAGCUCUGGAGUGCCGGGAUCAGAACUCGGCUUCCAUUUUGGCCAUUCUAUGGACGGCACCGAGCUGAUCACGUCAAUCUCCCACCCUAUCAAUUUGAGCAGACAAAACAUUGGAUCCCAUAUGACCCUAGUCCAGCAUCCGCGAUUCAACCGACCAAAGCUCCUAUAGGUGCUCUAGUGAGCAUGGUUGGGGGUAUGGAUCAUGAUGGGGGAUACACGUUCGCUGUGGACACGUCAAACACCGUAUUCGAACUUGCCACUAGUGGGCAUGCCGUUGCUGGCCAGAGUCUCUGCCCUGCUUCUAUGUACAUUGAGAUUGUCGCUCGGAGCGCAAUACUUCUAUUGGACUCCGUAAAAGAUGCCCUUCUUCCUCCCUACAUUGAGGAUUUGGUUAUGUCUGCACCCCUGGGGUUUGCAUCAGAUCUGUUCCUUCGACUCCUGCCUAUAAAGUCUACUGCAUGGGUCUUCACCAUCUUCAGCAACUCAUCGAUUUCCGAGAUAACCGAGCAUGGAAAGGGUCGAAUCCACCUGCCGAACUCCGGGGAUGUUGUAUACGAAACGCAAUUGAAGCUUCUUCAGAGGAUGAUCACCACGUCAAGCAUAGAUCGUGUCAUGAACUCUCCAGCAGCUACUAGUAUCGGGGGUCCUAUCAUCUAUCAGCUCUUCUCUGAGAUUGUCGAGUACAAAUCCUACUACCGUGCGGUAAAAUCUGUUUCUGCCCUUGGCAAUGAGGCUGUUGGCCACGUCGAUAUUUCUGAGGUUGCACAACCAAUCAAUAACAGAUCAACCCUCUGCAACCCUAUCGAACUUGACAACUUCCUCCAGGUAGCCGGUAUACAUAUCAAUUGUCUCUCAUCCCGUCGGAAAAGCGAAGUUUUCAUGUGUACUGCGAUCGACGAAGUCAUACUGGCCCCAUCCUUUGGAGCUGCAACGGCAACCACCAAGAAUUGGAAAGUUUACUCUCGUUACGAGAGAGUCAAAGAUGGAGUUGUGACGAACAACAUCUUUGUCUAUGACUUCACCGACAAACUGGUAGCGGCCAUGACAGGAGUGACAUUCCGCAGCGUCAACAUCAAGUCUCUGGUGCGUAGCCUGAGUCGGGUCGGCCUGCUGAGCAAUCCCCUUCCUAUUAUCGCCAAGGAGGAUGUGGACUUGUUACAGGCGGAUUCUGGAUAUCAAUCCACCAGUCCGGUGAUGUCAAUCUUUCCUGAACCAGAUCAGGACUCGCAACCUGUUUCUCGUACAGAGGCUGAACAGCCACGUUCAUCAUCAAGUUCGGAGCCGGAAAGUAUGCUGACGCGACUCCGAAGCUUGUUGAGCGAUGUAAUCGAAGUGCCUUUGGAUGAGGUGGCACCCUCAUCUAGCCUUGAAAACCUUGGCAUCGAUUCUCUACUAGUCACUGAGGUUCUUUGGGAGAUCCAACAGCGUCUGAACAUCCGUGUUACCCAGGAGCAGAUUAUGGGCUGCGAGGAUGUUCUCUCCCUUUCCGAUGUCAUCGAAGGCCAGACACGACCGCACGUCACGCCUUCUUCUGCAUCCUCGGGUAGUCCUGCCGUCACCGAAGUGGUGAGAGUCGAGGAUGCGGCAGUUUCCAAAAGUACACGAAACUUCGGCUCCUUGGCUCAGGAGUGUUUCUCUCAAUUCAAAAGUUCUUACGACACUUACGCCGAACGAACAGGCUUCUCGGGGUUCUAUGCCGGACCCUUCGUCAGUCAAUCCCAGCUCGUUCUUCGAUAUGUAGUGGAUGCUUUUGAAGCCUUAGGAUGCGGAAUCGAAAACCUUCCGGUGGGAGAAAACAUACCCAUCAUCCCACACGUUGAAGCGCAUCAAAACUUGAUACCCCAGCUGUACAUGAUUCUCGAGGAUGCAGGGCUGGUGGCUCGAAGCAAAGACGGAUCACUCCAGCGCACAGAAAUUCCGGUACCGUCUGUUGCGACGUCAAGCUUGCUUAGUGAACUUCUGAAGAAAUAUCCCCAGCACACUUCUGAGAUGAAAUUGCUCCAUACUACUGGUCAUCAACUCGCGGAUUGUUUAUCCGGGUCUGUAGAUCCCAUUUCUCUAAUUUUCCGGGAUGCAUCCGCUCGUGCACUGCUCGAGGAUGUCUACACAAAUGCGCCUAUGUUCAAAGCAGGCACUCUCUUGUUGGCACAAUAUCUCUCUUCCGUGGUUGCCCGAUCAGGAGCGGGCCGCAAACUCAAGAUCCUCGAGCUUGGCGGUGGAACUGGAGGUACAACAAAAGAGAUAGUAGCCACCCUCGCCAAUCUGACCUCAGGUUCAGAGCUGACCUAUACUUUCACGGACUUAUCUUCGUCACUGGUUGCUUCGGCUCGCAAGAAGUUCUCUCAGUGGAGUUUUAUGCGCUAUUCUGUUCUCGACAUUGAGAAGUUGCCUGACCCGGAGCAUUUAGGUCAAUACGACAUCAUCAUCUCGACAAACUGUAUCCACGCGACUCAUGACCUCACUAGGUCUACCACGCAUAUUCAAAGAAUGCUCCGACCAGAUGGAAUUCUGUGUCUUAUAGAAUUAACGCGCAACCUGUUCUGGUUUGACCUCGUCUUUGGGUUGUUGAGCGGAUGGUGGCUUUUCAAUGAUGGAAGAACCCACGUUCUGGCUGAUGAAAAUCGGUGGAAACGAAGUCUGAGCGAUGCAGGGUUCCAAUGGGUUGACUGGAGCGAUGGCCCUUCGGAGGAGUCCAAUCUUCUGCGCCUCAUCACAGCGUCCCCGUCAGCACCGCCCACUUCACUAGUCCAGAAGGAAACAGUCACGUUCAAAAGGAUAGACGGCUUAGACCUUGAGGCAGAUAUAUACUUCCCGGCUAAGGUGGCGAACUCCGAGAAACCUCUCCCUAUUGCAUUGAUGAUUCAUGGAGGUGGUCACGUCAUGCUCUCUAGAGAUGACAUACGUCCGAAUCAAACUGAACUAUUGUUACAACAUGGAUUUCUUCCAAUCAGUAUUGACUACCGACUUUGUCCGGAAGUAGCCUUGCUUGAGGGGCCUAUGUCAGAUGUUGCAGACGCGCUGCAAUGGGCAAGAACGGUCCUCCCUAGUAUCACCCUUAGCCGAAACGAUGUCAGGGUGGACGGUAGUCAGGUCGUCGCUGUCGGCUGGUCGACAGGUGGGACAUUAGCGCUAUCGCUCGGAUGGACCAGUAUGGAAAGAAGAAUAGCCCCUCCAGAGGCCAUACUCGUUUUCUACUCCCCACUGGACUACGAAGAUCCAUUCUGGAUGCAGCCAAAUAUACCUCUUGGUUCCGAGGCCUCCACUACGUAUGAGCUGGAUGAGACUAUUUGGGAUGCAGUGCGCGAGCAACCAAUGACGCGAUGGAAUGUCUCACCCUCGAAGCGAGCACUGGGCGGCUGGAUGACGCCAAGCGACCCGCGCAGUCGACUGGCUUUGUACAUGAACUACCACGGACGCACGUUGCAUGUCCUGCUCAAUGGCCUUGAUCCUUAUUCCCGAGAGGCGCCGGUGACGCCAACAGAGGCAGAGAUCCAAGCGGUAAGCCCAUUGGCUCAAGUUCGUAAUGGAACCUUCCAUACUCCCACCUUCGUCGUACAUCCAACAGAAGAUGACCUCAUACCAUGGGCCCAGGCGGAGCGAAUGGAAGAAGCCCUCAGGCAGCAUGGUGUUGAAAGUCAUUUACGCCUUGUAGAUGGUGUUCCCCAUCUCUUCGAUAUGUACCGUGAGUAUCAGAAACAGGAAAGACUGCAAGAGAUUAUUCGAGAAGGAUAUAAGUUCUUAUUGUCGCACGUAUCAUAG